GCGGCGGCGGAGUCGGAGCCCGCGCCCUGGGCGACUGAGGCGGCGGCGGUUCGCGCCCGGGUGCCGCGGCGAUGCCGGACCAGAUCUCCGUGUCGGAAUUCGUGGCCGAGACCCAUGAGGACUACAAGGCGCCCACGGCCUCUAGCUUCACCACGCGCACGGCCCAGUGCCGGAACACCGUGGCGGCCAUCGAGGAGGCUCUGGACGUGGACCGGAUGGUUCUCUACAAAAUGAAGAAAUCGGUGAAGGCAAUCAAUAUCUCUGGGCUGGCACACGUGGAGAAUGAGGAACAGUACACCCAGGCUCUGGAGAAGUUCGGUGGCAACUGCGUGUGCAGAGAUGACCCAGACUUAGGAAGCGCGUUUCUGAAGUUCUCUGUGUUCACCAAGGAGUUGACGGCACUCUUCAAAAAUCUGAUUCAGAAUAUGAACAACAUCAUCUCGUUCCCUUUGGACAGUUUGCUGAAAGGAGACUUGAAAGGAGUAAAAGGGGACCUGAAGAAACCCUUUGAUAAAGCUUGGAAGGACUAUGAAACGAAAAUAACCAAAAUAGAAAAAGAGAAAAAGGAACACGCCAAGCUCCAUGGGAUGAUCCGUACUGAAAUAAGCGGGGCUGAAAUUGCAGAGGAGAUGGAAAAGGAAAGACGGUUCUUCCAGCUGCAGAUGUGUGAGUACCUGCUGAAGGUCAAUGAAAUCAAGGUUAAAAAGGGAGUGGAUUUGCUUCAGAAUCUGAUCAAGUACUUCCACGCCCAGUGCAAUUUUUUCCAGGACGGACUGAAAGCAGUAGAAAGCCUCAAGCCUUCCAUUGAGACGCUCUCCACCGACCUGCACACAAUCAAACAGGCCCAGGAUGAGGAACGACGACAGCUCAUGCAGCUUCGAGAUAUUUUGAAGUCAGCAUUGCAGGUUGAACAGAAAGAGGACUCACAACUUCGCCAGAGUACAGCCUACAGCUUACACCAACCUCAGGGGAACAAGGAACACGGGACAGAGCGGAACGGGAACCUCUACAAGAAGAGCGACGGGAUCCGGAAAGUGUGGCAGAAGAGGAAGUGUUCCGUCAAAAAUGGCUUCCUGACCAUAUCCCACGGCACCGCUAACCGGCCACCUGCCAAGCUCAACCUGUUAACCUGCCAGGUGAAGACCAAUCCUGAGGAGAAGAAGUGUUUCGACCUCAUCUCACAUGACAGGACGUACCACUUCCAAGCAGAAGACGAACAGGAAUGUCAGAUAUGGAUGUCUGUGCUACAGAACAGCAAGGAGGAAGCUCUGAACAACGCAUUUAAGGGCGAUGACAACACGGGAGAAAAUAACAUCGUCCAAGAGCUGACCAAGGAGAUCAUCUCGGAGGUGCAGAGGAUGACGGGCAAUGACGUGUGCUGCGACUGUGGGGCACCAGAUCCGACGUGGCUCUCCACCAACCUGGGCAUCCUGACUUGCAUCGAGUGCUCUGGGAUCCACCGGGAGCUGGGGGUUCAUUACUCCAGGAUGCAGUCCCUGACCUUAGAUGUAUUGGGAACAUCUGAGCUUCUGCUUGCCAAGAAUAUUGGGAAUGCAGGCUUUAACGAGAUCAUGGAGUGUUGCCUGCCGUCUGAGGACCCAGUCAAACCCAACCCAGGCAGCGACAUGAUCGCAAGGAAGGACUACAUCACAGCCAAGUACAUCGAGAGGAGAUACGCAAGGAAAAAGCACGCCGACACCUCGGCGAAGCUCCACCGGCUCUGCGAGGCUGUCAAGACCAGAGACAUUUUUGGGUUACUCCAAGCUUAUGCUGACGGUGUGGACCUGACAGAAAAGAUCCCGCUGGCCAAUGGGCAUGAGCCAGAUGAGACGGCCCUCCACCUUGCAGUCAGAUCUGUAGACCGGACAUCCCUUCACAUUGUAGACUUUCUGGUCCAGAACAGUGGGAACCUGGAUAAACAGACGGGCAAGGGCAGCACGGCCCUGCACUACUGCUGCCUGACUGACAACGCCGAAUGCCUCAAGCUCCUCCUGCGGGGAAAGGCCUCCAUCGAGAUAGCCAAUGAGUCAGGAGAGACGCCAUUGGACAUCGCCAAGAGGCUCAAGCAUGAACACUGUGAGGAACUGCUGACUCAGGCCUUGUCAGGAAGGUUUAAUUCCCACGUUCACGUCGAGUAUGAGUGGCGGCUGCUGCACGAGGACCUGGACGAGAGCGACGAUGACGUGGACGAGAAGCUCCAGCCUAGUCCCAACCGGCGGGAGGACCGGCCCGUCAGCUUUUACCAGCUGGGGUCCAGCCAGUUUCAGUCCAAUGCUGUGUCUUUGGCCAGAGAUACCACAAACCUCACCAAGGACAAGCAGAGGGGCUUCGGGCCCAGCAUCUUGCAGAAUGAGACCUACGGAGCCAUCCUGAGCGGCAGCCCACCCUCCUCCCAGUCGAUACCCGCCAGCACCACCAGCGCACCCCCACUCCCACCUCGGAAUGUUGGUGGCAAAGUUCAGACAGCCACCUCGGCUAACACCCUGUGGAAGACAAACUCUGUAGGUGUGGACGGUGUCAGCAGGCAGCGAUCUUCGUCAGAUCUGCCAGCUGUCCACCCACCGCUGCCCCCUCUGCGAAUGACAUCUACCAAUACCCUGACCUCCACACCACCCCCUUCUGUGACUAAGACAUCAAGCACACUAGAAGCCAUGAGCCAGCCAAGCAAGUCCUCCCAACCCGGGGUCUCGCAGAGCAAGCCCCCGCCCCUGCCGCCCCAGCCACCCAGCCGCCUGCCUCAGAAGAAACCAGCUUCCGGGACUGACAAGCCAUCCCCACUUAUCAACAAAGGCCAGCCAAGAGGACCUGAAACUUCUUCGGGCCCUCUGUCCAACACCAUGGCCCUCCAGCCCCCAGCCCCCAUGCCUAGGAAGUCACAGGCGACCAAGUCAAAACCCAAGCGAGUCAAAGCACUCUACAACUGCGUGGCUGACAACCCGGACGAGCUGACUUUCUCUGAGGGGGAUGUGAUCAUUGUGGAUGGGGAAGAGGAUCAGGAGUGGUGGAUCGGCCACAUCGACGGAGACCCCAGCCGCAAAGGAGCCUUUCCCGUGUCAUUUGUGCACUUUAUCGCUGACUAAACAGCUACUGAACAAAAGCCUUUGUUUAACCGUUACGUUUCAUUUUGUUAUUGGUACCAAGACCAGCCAUAGACAGUCUCGAUCGUGCUGUAUGGCAGCCCAUCUUCUCAUAAUACUGUCCUGUUCUGAAAACUCAAAGGCAUUUUUAUAUAUAAGCAGAUUGUUUUUAUAGGUUGUGGUUUUCAUGCAACAUUGCUAUACUUUUACUAGGAAAAGCAGAAUUUCCUAAAAAGGGGGAAUGAGGAGCUAUUUUAACUAUAUACCCAGGAUCCUGCAUUUCCAGGAGUAGCUUAGCCUAAAAAAAAAAAAAAAAAAGCUUAAACAAAUUUGGGGGAUUCUUACAGCUUUCCUUAGCCCAAUUCUGACAUUGUUACCUUGUUUAGCACAGUCAGUUUAGCAAGCCAAUACCAUGGUGCUUCCGAGUCUGUCGCCCUGCCCUGGACUCUGUCCACAAACGCCAUCCACUCACCUCGAAAGACAUAGGUUCCUUUGAAACUCAGCCAGUGUUUGUUUAGAGCGGCCUGGCAAAGCUUACACGUUAACCUUGUGCUUUUCUGCACCUGUGAGGUGGCAGCUGCCACCAUCUCCUGCAUGUACGUAUGACCGUUGUGAACAGUCAUAC